UCGCAAUGUUUGUUAGAUAAAAAAUGUGCAUGUGGUGAAAAAGAAUAGAAAUGAUAUAGGAAGAGUUUCAUUGGAUUGUCUAUCGCCAUAGCUACCUCCUCUCUCAUUUCAGCGAGAUUCGUCGAGGCUGGAUAUUUGCACUGACGCGACGCCUCUCACGCCUCUUCGGAAGAGGAGUCAGCCCAACCUCCAAAUAUCCAGCCUCGACGAGUUCUCGCUGAUAUUACUUCCCCUCAUUAAAUAAUAAUUGGCCAAAACUACAAAAGCAUUGCCAACUUUGAUUUUCGCUAGGUCUGUUUACUUAAUGGAGUGUAACAGGAAGGGAGAAAAUGCAACGGACCAGACCGGGAUUCGAACCUGGGCCCCCUGAAACUGUAGUCAGGUACUCUACCAACUGAGCUAACUGGCCACCGGCGAUCGUACCCGGCUGACUGCUACAUUCCUCCCUCCUUAAAUGUCUUCACACCUGAAGACAUCAACCCAGGAUUUUUAUCCCCUGGCAGGCAUUUUCACCUGUCAGUUCCAGGGGCUGGUCUACGGCACCAAAUGUAACAGGAAGGGAGAAAAUGCAACAGACCAGACCGGGAUUCGAACCUGGGCCCCCUGAAUCUCUAGUCGGGUGCUCUACCAACUGAGCUAACUGGCCACCGGCGAUCGAAUCCGGCUGACCGCUACAUUAGAAACACUUUUUCUCCUUUUUUUUUUUUUUGAAUUCAAACUAUGAAAUGUUUUUUAAAUUACUGAACCAUCAUCACUCUGCUUUAGAUGAAGGUACAUGUAAAGAGCUCAGUAAAAACAAUGAAGCUAAAAUGUUAAAAACUGCUGAGUCCUUCAAAUACACUGAGGCACUAGACGCAUGUUGCCAACCUCCAGCAUGUGACAAUCUGGUCAUGACCCACUUUAGGAUGCAAAAAAAAUCUGGUCACUAUGUAUAACAACUCCCCAUAAUAAUAAGUGAUUGUAUUUUAAAGGAACAUACAAAGCUGAUUGUGAAAUACUUGUUUAUAAAUAAGCAUUUAAGAUACUGUGGCACAUUUAGAAUUUUUAAAGACUGUUUUAGAAAGAGAAUUCAUAGUACGAUUUAAUCAAAGAUGCAGAUUGUAUUCUGCUUGAAAAAUAGAAAGAAAAAACAAGUUUCUGCUAUAGUAACUUUGCAUUUUAGAUAUGCGGAUGACGUUAAAAAUGACAACAGUGAUUAGAAAACUUUUUGUGAUGAAGCAAUUAUUUACAUGAUUUUGGGGGUUUUUUUUGUCAGAUUAUUUCUAACUCUUAAGUAUAUAUGCAUUACAGAAGUGGCAAAAAAGUUUUCUUUCACCCAUGAAAGGUUUCUCUCCCAAAUUCUCUUUCUUAUCGGAUGCCAAUUCACAAAAUGACUUGCCCCCACCCCCACCAAUCUAUCAAAACUCACAGAUAGUAUGUUAAAACCAGUCACUGGCUUUGAUAGAUAAUUUACUUGGUACAGAGUUGUACUUUACAUGGCCAUCAGCAUUGUUUUUGUCAAUACAAGCUUGCUAACUGAAAAUCAAGCAUAUGAACAAAUUUACCAAUCCAAUGCAGGAAUUGGGCGAUUUUCAGGUUGUUCAGGGAAAAUGAGGUGAAAAGCAUGACCGGCCAUGUCAUAAAGAAUAGUUGGGUCAUUGGUUAAAAAAAAUAGGUGAGUUGACAACUAUGACUGGACAGUUGGGUCUUGAAACUGUCCAGGGUGUUGGUCUUCACUCCUCCUCCUGAUAGCUUGUUCCAAAGCCUGAUAGUGAUAGCCUGAGGAAAGAAGGAGAUCUUGUACACUGUGGUUCUGGAGUGUGGCACAGUGAAGCUGAGAGUGUGGCUUCUGAUUCUCAUGGUUAACUUCAGAAGGUCAGCAGAAACAUCCACCAUGUUGUAUACUCUCCUGUAAUGCAUGGCUUCCUGAGCUGUUUCCCUGCAAGCUUGGGACAACUUUUCAGAAGAAAGAAGAACACAGAAUGGCAGGAAGGAGGGGUAUUGCUACCCUGGCUCAGAAGAAGUUGCUAGUUCUUGUUGAUCUAGAUGGUGUCAUGGCUGAUUUUGAAGGACACUUUCUUACUAAAUGGAAGCUAAAGUAUCCAGAUGAAUCAUUUAUUGCUUUGGAAGAUCGGAGAACAUUUUACUUAGCUGAUCAGUAUGAGACCCUAAAAGAAGGAUUAAAGCCCAUGGUUAAGUCUGUUUAUGAGACAAAGGGAUUUUUCAAAGAUCUUCCACCAAUAGCUGGGGCUUGUGAUGCAGUCAAGGAGAUGAAUGAAAUGGAGGGAGUGGAGGUGUUUAUAUGUUCCAGUCCACUAUUCUUCUACAAAUACAGUGCCAAAGAAAAAUUUGAAUGGGUAGAACAUUAUUUAGGAAAGGAUUGGAUAAAUAGGACUAUACUGACUCGAGACAAAACUAUCGUCAGUGGACAUAUACUGAUAGAUGAUAAUGUGAAAAUUAAAGGAGCUGUGGACACCCCAUCAUGGGAGCAUGUAGUUUUCACAGCUUACUACAAUAAACAUAUGAACAUCAGGGGAAAGAAGCGUCUGGAAAGCUGGUCUGAUGGGUCAUGGCGGAAUCUCAUAUUAGACUUCAAAAGAAGACUUUGACAUCUUUUAUAGGACUUCAUUAAUAGUUGAUAUGCAUCAAGUAGUUUCUUUCUAUGCAGGAUUUUUUUUUAUUUACCAAGUAGUUAUACAUGAUUUUCUUUUCUAAUUUUAUAAGUAAAAACUAUUAUUGACUUGCA